CAUGAGUCUGUUAUGCCAGUUACAACUAAAUUCAGUAUUUGAGUUAAUUGACAGUAUUUAUGUCCUGAUGACUAUAGCGAGCUAACACAUUGUGCUUUUACAUUUACAAACUGGCCUCAUCCCUCCCACUGAUAUAGACUUAACCGGGUUUGUCCGACUACAUAACGUGUCCUUCAGCAAGGAAAAACCUCCAAGAUGAGACUCAGCUUUCGAGCUCUCAUAUCCCAUGGCCGGGUGGCCCGUCGAAUGGGUCUUGGACCCGAGUCCAGAAUCAACAUGCUUCGGUGCAUUCUGACUGGUUUGGUUCGACACGAGCGGAUUGAGACAACCCGGGCUCGAGCUGAUGAGGUUCGGUUUUACGCCGAGAAGUUAAUCGACUACGCCAAAAAGGGAGAUACCGAUGAAAAAUCCAUGAGAAUGGCGGACUUCUGGCUCACAGAGAAAGACCUGAUCCCAAAGCUCUUUAAAGUUCUGGCACCAAGAUUCGAAAACCAGUCGACUGGAUACACACGCAUGGCCCGGAUCCCCAAUCGAAAGAACCUUGAUCGAGCGCAAAUGGCCGUACUGGAGUACAAGGGCAACCCUUUCCCACCGCUGUUUCCCGAGAAACGUGUUAGCGAAUUCAGUUUGAUCAACCAACUCCUGAAAGGUUACAGGGAAGAAAAAGCACAGGUAGCUGCUACUAAAACUGACUCCCAGACUCCCUGAAUCUCCAGACUAAAUCAUUUCUGUUUCGACACAAACUCUAUAUACGUUAGUGGGGUUUUUUUUGUUGUU